AUGUUGCGGACAAUAAAAGAUUUACUAAGGCGCUCCAAUGGCCGUGCAUGUUUGGAAAACGACGAGCUAGAGGUCAUUCUUAUCGAGAUCGAGAGCGUGGUGAAUGCCCGGCCACUCACCUACGUGGCAGAAGGGAGCGACGACCCGCUCCCCAUCACCCUGAACCAGUUUCUCAACAAUAGGCGUUCGAACUGCACUCCGUCGGAAAAAGCAGUAAACCUCGUGGCUCCCGAUGCGACAAACGCGAACAUACUGGAAAUGGAUCGUCAGCGUAGGGAGUAUGUCAGCGACACCUGUGAACGUUUCGUGACUGACUACCUACUCCAAAUCGACAAGUUCCACAGUAAGGUAGGACCCGGUCGCAAGAUCCGGGUAGGAGGACUUCUCAUCAUUGACGAUGACAACACCAAGUGCCUUAUGUGGACGGUAGGAAUAGUGAAGGAGUUAAUUACUAGCAGAGACGGGUUGAUCCGUUCAGUUAUGGUCAAAACGCCAAACGGGAACCUAAUCAACAGCGCCAUCCAAUCGCUACAUCCCUUAGAGCUACGUAAGGACCAACCAGGAGACGUCGAGGUUCCACCUGCGCCGGAGCUGGAGUCGGAACAAGAAGAGCUAUCUCCACUCGUGUCCGUCGCAGAUCCGAUCGAACAGGAAGAGCCGUGGACCACGGGCUCGGGAUGCUGGCUGCUAGCCAUCUGUCGUACUGAGCAACUGAAAUUGCAAGAGCUCUUUUAG